AUGUCGUCCGACCCGGUAGGCGCUGCCAUCGCGCUUGCUGGUGUUCCCGACGAACCUGCAUCACUCCACUCCGAUGCACUCCAGCCAUCAAUAGACAGCCUACGUCGAGACUCGAUAAAAUCCAAAGCAAGCUCGGACAGCAUCCCACUACCGGAAGAAAACGAGGACGAAGACGACUUUGUCGUGUUUGAGGAUCGUAACACAUUGCCAGCACCCAAACUCGCCCGUGGAGAUCUGGAUGAUCUGGAAGGAACGGAGGAAACCAGUGCUGGUGGGGCAACAAGAUCAACGUUGGGGAGUUUGGCUCGUGCAAGCGUCGAGAGUCUCUCGUUCGGGUAUAGAGAUCACCUGCUACCGCUCAGUUUGAGUGGGGAUGGCGAUGACACUCUUGCAGGGGACUAUGGGGAGACGGAAGGGGCGAUAUCCGCGAGAGCGAGGAAUGGUGGAUCUGCGUCCAGAACAGCGUCGGCGUCACGGUAUCGACGUCGGAACCGGGGAUACUCACGCGAUCGACAUGCGGAAAGACGCGUGACGCUGAUAGACGGAAUUGCACUUACCAUCGGCGUACAGAUAGGAUCAGGGAUCUUUUCAUCCCCUGGUGUGGUCACGCUCAACACCGGCAGCAUCGGCGCAUCGAUCGUGAUAUGGCUUCUCUCCGGAUUCCUCGCAUGGACGGGUGCUUCGUCUUUCGCCGAGCUCGGCGCGUCCAUCCCUCUCAACGGCGGCUCACAAGCGUAUCUGAACUACUCGUUCGGUCCCCUCUCAGCGUUUCUCUACACAUGGUCGGCGUUGACAGCGCUUAAACCAGGAGCAGGCGCCAUCAUCGCCACCAUCUUUGGCGAAUACGUCGCUCGGAUCAUCUUCCACGCCACGGGUAAAGCAACCGACCAUCCCCACGAAACCGGUCUGGACGGCAUCCCAGCCUGGUCCAUCAAACUGCUCGCUGUAGCCAUCGCAGCUCUGAUCACCGCCGCCCAUGCAUUCUCCAACAAAUUGGGCACGCGCACGCAGAUCGCUACUACGGUGGUCAAACUGCUCGCACUCACAGCCGUACCCAUCCUGGCGAUCGUACAAGCAGCCAGGGGCAAAACAAGUCCUAGCUCGCAAGAGGCUUUCUCGAGCAUGGGCAACCUUUUCGCCGGUAGUUCGACUUCGCCUUCAUCCUACGCGCUCGCUCUGUACAGCGGUUUAUGGGCGUUUGACGGCUGGGAUCAGUCGUGUUUCGUAGCGGGCGAGAUGAAAAGGGUGGAGAAGGACUUGCCUCGCGUCAUCCACAUCAGCCUUGCUACGGUGAUUCUGAUCUUCCUGUCUGCGGUAGUGUCGUACUUCGUCGUGCUGCCCGUCGAGUUAGUCAAGAGGACGAAUACGGUGGCGCUGGACUUUGGGAGUGCCAUAUUCGGCACCGGCGGUGGAAUCGUUUUUGCCUUCUUGGUUGCCUUUUCUUGCUUUGGUGCGUUAAACGGUCAGAUCUACACCACGGCCAGGCUCAUCCUCGCUGCUUCCAAGGAAGGCUACCUUCCGGAACGAUUAGGCGAUCUCAAUCGCAGGACAGGGACACCUGUCGCAGCUUUGGUGCUGCAGUUGGUCCUGAUAUCGGCGUUCGUCUUAUUUGGAUCGGGCUUCGCUUCGCUGGUCAACUUCUACGGCGUCUGCAGCUGGACCUUCUACCUUGCUUCCGUGCUGGGGUUGCUGGUGUUGAGGAUCAAAGAGCCGAAUCUGAACAGACCGUACAGGACGUGGUUGGGUACACCGAUACUGUUCGCUGCGGUGGCGCUGUUCUUGUUGCUCAUGCCGAUCGGCAGUGCACCGCUGGAAGGGCUGGCCGCGUUGUUGUUCAUUGGGGCUGGUGUUCCGGUGUAUUACUUAACGCAGAGUACAGGUGGGUGGCUUUCUAAUGUUCCGUUUAUGACGAGGGUCAAGGGUUGGUUUGCGGGGGGUGCGAGUGGAGCUGGAAUGGAUGACGGAAGAGGACAUCACAUGGCGUUGCCGACAGAGGAUGCUGGAGCGCGCGCAGGCGAGGACGAGGAUGAGGAAGAGAUCGAGAUGCUCCCGAAGAAGGAGUUGAAUGGGGAGGCACAGUCAUGA